GUGAGACACAUUCAGCCGUCAUCCGUUAUGUCACCUACAAAUUGGCUGGACAGCAUUAAAAAAAAUGUCUAGAAUUAAGCAGAUAAGAGAGGUGCAAACUGCAAACUGAAGCGACUGACCAACUACUCUCUAAGUAAAAAAUACUGAAAGUGAAACCUAUAGAUGGGGAAGCUGGGCUGCGGUAUCGAUGGGAAUCUGAAUGAAGCGAAGUUCAGUGAACCCAUGCCAUGGAUUGGCCUCUAUAUAGCAGCAGCAUCUCUGGCCUGUGCACUUGCUAUGGCUGUAGAUUUCAUCCGUGGCUUCCGCCGACGGAAGUUCUGGUUCCCGAGCAAAUACUUCUCCAUCAAUGCCACUUCACUGACCAUAAUAGCUGUGGCAGUCAAGCUGUCAGUGGAUCUAAACACCGCCAUGCCUCGCCGUGUUGAUCAGCUCGCAAAACUUAGCAGUGGUGCCUUGCUCUGUACAGUAAUGGGUAAUUCCAUGCCUUCUCUGGGAGCCAUGGACAACAGUGAUUUAUGCACAAAUAUGAUAGCUUUAGGAAUUCUCGUUAUUACUGUUAUUGUUAAUAUAGGCAUCCAAUUAGGCACCGGUGUUAUAUAUCUUUACUGGAAAGAGCAUGUAUUUAUUAUGUUUCUCAUGCUUAUUUUGCUUUUAAUCCUAAGCUUUUCAGCAUUAACUGUGCCGAUAAAUAAUAAAUAUUUCCAAUAUAAAUAUAAUAAGAAAUAUGAUAUGGCUCUUAAAGAAGACUCGAACGAAACCAGCAAAAGGGAAGGCAAGGAACUUAAAGAAGAAUUAAUGAAAUUCUGGAUGAUGGCUCAUACCUGCAGCCCCCAGUUCGUGGUGGGCCGUUCAGUUACAUGCUCUGCCUCAGGUGCAUUCUGUCUCCUUGGUGCCAUGACUUUAGCUGAGGCCAUGCUGCGAUCUUACUUGAUGCCCCGGUCAUUCAAAUUCUGCACCGGAGAAUCUGAGUAUAAGUGGUCGACCAUCGUAGUUCUUAUUACACAGACCAUUGCAGUGGGAGUUGGUACUAUUGCCCCUGCAAUCAGAUGGUUCAGUGCUCUGAACUUCGGAUGCCCAACCAGAAGAAAGAAAAGCAGCAAAAGAAUAUUUACAGUAGAAAGGUACUGGAUCCAGUUGCUUGUGGAGAUGAAAGAGUGCCCACUAGCCAUACGAAUCCAGGACCGAUUUUGCAGGAAACUUGCCCACUAUGUUAAUAACAAAUUGGUGGACCUCUGUCUUGGAAUGCAAACUGGAAUUGUGUUGGGUAGCAAAGUGAUUCAAUUCAUUUCAGUUUACUCCAUGAUCUGGAUGUUAUCACUCUCCGAUCACUGCAAGAAGUUAAGAACAAUGAAACCCGACAACAGCAUAUCAUCUGUCUCAGGAUCAGAAUCACGAUCCAGUACAAAACCAGAUCUCAGCCGUUUUGUUUUGCAUCUUGAAGGUGAAGACGAACUAGUUGAGUUGAUGAUGAAGAAGAACUUUGAUACCACUGAUCAUUGGCUGCGAAGGGGGAAAAGGAAACAGCCAAAGCAUCUCAUGGAACUGUUGGAAAAAUCAACCGUUGCAGAAGGAUUUAAGGGGGUGAAAGAGUUUGACAGUGACCUAGUUCUCUCUCUAGAUUGUGAUGAACCUCCAAACUGUUGGGCUCUUCCUGUAGUAACUCUGACAGCCAUUGCAGUUGCACUUCCAGAUGUCAGUGGUGGUUUGAUGAAACAGUUGAUGCUCAGUGUACAUGAAGGCCUCAUGUAUGUCAGACUCAUAGAAGAUAACCUGGACGCGAAGGGAGAAUUGAUUAACAUCAGGAAAGCAGCAAAUGUUGUAUGGCUUGGAGUUGAUCUCGACAACAAGUGGCUAGAUGUGGACCUUCGAAAACUGUCCGUACAAGCAGAAAGCACAAAGGAAAUACUUGAGAAACUAUCUGAUGUUGCAAAGACCAGGUUUGUGGAGUGUAAGAAGAUAUUUAUGAAUCAAUGUCUGAAGGAAAGACCUUCAAAGUGGCCCAUCAAGGUUCUGGCUGCUAAUUCCAUGUAUAGGAUAAGCCAAACUCUUCUGCAGAAUUGUGAAAGUAGAAAUGACUUGGUCGACGAAAGAUUAUUUGAAGCUUUAACUGUCAUGAUCUCUGAUAUACUGGGUGCUUGUCUCACUAACUUACGGCCUGUCAUAUUCCACUGUUUGAGCAGGGCUGUCAUCGAGAGGGAAUACUGUGUACGCAGGGCAGUUCACAUUCUUGGAAAAACAGAAAAGAUCCGGAAACUUCUAGAUCAGCGGCCUAUUUCCACUUUAGAUCCAGAUCGAAUGGCCUGCAUUGAUGAGUGGCGUUCAUUGAAUGAUUUGAAGACCUCUUCGCCCUUCAUUCCAUCUUCUUCAGCAAAGAGUGAAACAGUCUUCUCCACUUCAAGCGACUUGUAUCUAACCAUGGAAUAAACUUUACUAGCCUGGAGUUGGAAAAUAGAAGCAACUUACGACUAUGCCAUGUAAUAUUGAAAAUACUUGGCUUCCUGCUUCUUGUCUUAUGUUAUAUAAGUUAAUACUGACAACUUAAGACAACAUGUAAUGCAGAUAGUCCAUCGAGAAGCAGAAAGUCAUUUUUUGUGGAUUUUGUGAAACAGAGGAUGCAGUUGGCAUCCCUUAUUCAACUGUAACAGUCUAAUGAAUCUAUAUGGUAGUAUAUAACCAUAAAGCAUCCAAUCGAGAAGCUUUUUAUCUA